AUGUUCCAUGGAUUGCCAAGUGAAGACCCCAUUGACCACCUUGAUGAGUUUGAUAGGCUUUGUGAUUUGACAAAGAUCAAUGGUGUCUCUGAAGAUGCCAUCAAGCUGAGACUCUUUCCUAUGUCUCUAGCUGACAAAGCUCACCAAUGGGAGAAGAGCUUGCCCCAUGGCACAAUCACCACUUGGGAUGAAUGCAAGAAGGCCUUUCUUGCUAAGUUUUUCUCCACCGGUCGCACAGCCAAGCUUAGAGGAGAGAUAUCCAGCUUCAUCCAGCGAAACAAUGAGACAUUCGCAGAGGCUUGGGAGAGGUUCAAAGGCUACACAAGUCAGUGCCCACACCAUGGAUUCAACAAUGAAUCACUACUCUCCACUCUUUAUAGAGGAUGCUUGCCUAGGUAUAGGGAGAUGCUAGACACAGCUAGCAAUGGGAACUUCCUCAACCAGGAUGUAGAUGAUGGCUGGCAACUUGUGGAGAACAUAGCUAACUCAAAUGGAAGCUAUGGAGAAGAGUAUGAUCGCACCAACCGGAGCUCGACCCACCACUCGAUCGAGUCAGACGAAAAGUUGAGAAAAGAUGUUAAGGCAUUGAAUGAGAAGUUGGAUAAGCUGAUCCUAGCUCAGUCCACAAUGAAGAAAGUCAACUUUGUGUCUGCUGAGGAGAUGGAACCAGUCCAAGAAGGGGAGGAUACACAAUUUGCUGAGGUGUGCUACAUGAGCAAUGGGCAAGGAGGUUACAACAAAGGAUACUAUAAUUACAAGUCCAACCCUGCCAUGUCAUACCGCAACACUGAUGUUGCUAACCCUCAGGACCAAGUAUAUCCUCAACAACAAGCAGCUCGAUCGAGUCAGGUGCCACAACAUGGGUAUGGUCAAAAGAACAAUUACCAAGGACCACAAGGCACUUUCCCUGGACAACAAAUGAAUAUCCCACCAGGCUUCCCCCACCAACCGCCCCAGCCUGCACCUUCACAAGAGAAUGAGCUCAAGGCAAUGCUAAAGCAACUACUUCAAGGGCAAGCUGAUGGGGUAGUGGACACAAGCAAGAAGCUAGCUGAAAUAAACUCUAAGAUCGAGAACCUCAACACAAGGGUUUACUCUCUGGAGAAUCAUGCUUCUUCUGUUGCUGCUGCUACAAAGCAAGGAACAGUGCAAGAGAUUGUUGCUGCUGAGGCUCCUGGAGUCCAGAUUGAUCAACCAGAAGUGCAGGCACCUACUGUGGCCAUUCACACUUCACCAGUUGAGCUCGCACAACAAGCUCGAUCGGCAGCUCGAUCGAGUCCGACCUCUUCUGUCCGACAGCCAGUUUUGCUUGAUCCUUACCAACCGGUUGCCGCUUCCUCGUCUCGCCUACUUAGUCAAGGUCACAAGGAAGUGAUUCACAAGUUCAGAAGAGAUCUCAGUGGGAUUGGAAUUGAGUUGCCUCCUAUGGAUAGCAUGAGUGAGGCAUUUGAUCAAAUGCAAAUGGUCAAGGAUGUUCUAGCCAACAGUGAUAAAGUUUCAGAGGUCCUACAAGAGUCUACUCAUCAGUUCAACCUGCUUACUUCACCCACCUUCCUACCAAAGGUCAAGGAUCAAGGGAAAUUCACUCUCCCUUGCACACUUGGGCAUCUUGAGAUUGACAAUGCCUUAGUGGAUUCUGGAGCAAGCAUCAAUCUGAUCUCUCUCUCCAUGGCAGAGAAGCUAGGCAUUGCUGGAGCCUUGCAGCGCCCUACUACUUCAAUCAUGUUUGGAGAUGCAACUUCUAAGUCUCCUCUUGGAGUGUUCAAGAACUAUCACUUGAAAAUUGGAGAAUGCAUCAUCCAAACUGAUCUCACUGUGAUGGAAAUGGAAGAAGAGAAGGAUUUACCUCUGUUAUUGGGAACCCCUUUCCUUAGUACAGUUGGCGCUUCAAUAGACUUUCACAAGCAAGAAGUGAUCCUUCACAAGGUGAAUAGUUUGGUGUCAUAUCGCUUGCAGCCUAGAGGUUCAGACUUUUGUGCCACAAUUGACAGUACCACUCUCAGUUCUAAGAGUCAUGGAGCUACAAAGGUUGUGAAGGAAAGGGUUGACAAAGAACCAAGAGUUGGGAAGGAUAAGGAUGAGAGAGGACCAAGGAUUGAGAAGCCACGUCUUGAGAGGGCUAGAGUUGAGAAACCACGUUCUGAUAGACCACGAGCUGAGACUUGUUCAAGCCCCUUGUGUGCUUGA